CUCAGCGCCGGCGCCGGCGACCACCUGCGCCGCCUGCACCUGCACCACCAGUCGCCACCGCCGCCGCCGCCGGCCGUCGUCUUCCCGGACGACUACGAGUACCUGCGCGGGCUGGUGCCGCAGCUGAAGCGCGAGAUCAAGGAGCUGGAGGGCAAGACCGACUCACUGGGCGCCGAGGUGGUCGACCUGCGCCGACAGCUCGCCACCAAGGAGCAGCAGGUGCUGCGCCUCCAGCGCGAAGUCCACAAGCUCAAGAGCGUGCUGCAGCAGGCGACCAGCUUCAGCCAGGAUGGGGACCUGCUGGCGUCGCUGCACGAGCACCACAGCAUGCCGGGGCAGGCGCUGCCCCCGGCCGCCUCCGCCGCCUCCUCCAGCAAGAAGCAGGGCGUCUCUGGCGAGAGCACCGACGUGGGCCAGACUGCCGAUGACAUCCAGAUACAGCGCUACGAUAAGGACUUCCGGUCCAAACAGCUGAUAAAAGACGCUAUUAUGGACAACGAUUUCCUGAAAAAUCUGGAUUCCAGCCAAGUGCGAGAGAUUGUGGACUCCAUGUAUCCGUUGGAAUACGGGAAGGGGAGCUUUGUAAUCAGAGAGGGAGAAGCAGGAUCACAUCUCUACGUGUCCGCCGAGGGUGAAUUCGAAGUUAUCAAGGAGGAUAAAGUUCUUGGAAGAAUGGGACCCGGGAAAGCCUUUGGAGAACUUGCCAUUUUGUACAACUGUACUCGGACAGCAUCCAUUAAAGUGGUGAACGACGCGAAGGUGUGGGUGCUGGACCGAAGAGUCUUCCAGCAGAUCAUGAUGCGGACCGGCCUGCAGCGGCUCGAGGACAACAUCAACUUCCUGCGCAGCGUGCCUCUGCUCCGCAACCUCAGCAACGACGUUCUCGCCAAGAUCGCUGACGUCCUGGAAGUUGAGUUCUACCCGGCCGGAGCGCACAUCAUACGGCAAGGCGCGAGCGGGGACACGUUCUUCAUCAUCAGCGGCGGCUGCGUGAAGGUGACGCAGCGGCUGGCGGGCCGGCGCGAGGACGAGGAGAUCCGCACGCUGGAGCGCGGCGACUACUUCGGCGAGCAGGCGCUGCUCAAGGAGGACUGCCGCACGGCCAGCGUGAUCGCGCUGCCGCCCGGCGUCGAGUGCCUCACGCUCGACAGGGACUCCUUCAUCCAGCUCAUCGGAGACCUCAGCGAGCUGCACGAGAAGGACUACGGCGACGAGACGCGCGGCCUCUCCAGGCCCUCCAGCUCCUUCAGUCUCUACGCCGACGUCGAGGCGGAGUACGACUACAUCCGGCUGGACGACCUGGACGUGAUCGCCACUCUUGGUGUCGGGGGAUUCGGGCGCGUCGAGCUGGUGCAGUACAUGUACGACAGGAGCCUCACGUUCGCGCUCAAGUGUCUCAAGAAGCAGCACAUCGUCGACACGCAGCAGCAGGAGCACAUUUACAGCGAGAAGAACAUCAUGAUGAGCUGCCGCAGCCCCUUCAUUUGCAGGUUGUACCGGACGUUCCGGGACUCCAAGUACGUGUACAUGCUGCUGGAGGCUUGCUUGGGAGGCGAGGUGUGGACCAUUCUCAGGGACAGAGGCUGCUUCGACGAUCAUACGACUCGUUUCGUCACAGCCUGCGUCGUCGAAGCGUUUGAGUACCUGCACGCCCGAGGCAUCAUAUACCGGGACCUCAAGCCCGAGAACCUCCUGCUGGACACUCAGGGUUACGUCAAACUUGUGGAUUUCGGUUUCUCGAAGAGACUCGGGUACAGCGCGAAGACCUGGACUUUUUGUGGAACGCCGGAAUACGUAGCGCCUGAAAUAAUACUGAAUAAAGGCCACGACCGAGCUGUGGACUACUGGUCGUUGGGUAUCCUCAUGCAUGAGCUGCUGACUGGCACGCCGCCGUUCACUGCAGCUGAUCCUAUGAAGACGUAUAACAUAAUUCUGAAGGGAAUUGACAUGGUGGACUUCCCUCGGCACAUCACGCGAGCUGCACAAAGUUUGAUAAAGCGACUGUGUCGUGACGCCCCCUCCGAGAGGCUUGGCUACCAGCGAGGAGGCAUUCAGGACAUCAAGAAGCACAAGUGGUUCCAGGGCUUUGACUGGGAAGGCCUAAGGCAUAGAACGUUACCAGCUCCCAUUGUCCAACAGAUAAGAGGCCCUACUGACACAUCAAAUUUUGAUUCAUAUCCAAAGGAUUUAGACAUCCCUCCAGAUGAAUUUUCAAAUUGGGAUUUGGAUUUCUGAUAUUUCUAUGGGUAGUAUUAAUGCAGCAUUUACAAAAUGGGCCAAAGUGCUUGCAUCUUGCUGUAAAACAAAGUAUUUCCCCUUUGCAGCAAGCUAAGCAGAAAUGCUAUGUUGAUAUGAAUCUAAAAGAAUAUUUUUAUUGCCAUUAUUUUCAAACACAAAUAACUGAACACCAAAUACUUAGCUUAUUGAAAGGAAAAUGUGGUGUAUGUGAGAUACUCUGGAUUUUUAUGUCUGAAUGUGUGUUUUACCUAGUAAACAUAACUGAUUGAAAGUCAGAACCUGUGUACACUACUCCAGAUAUUAAUUUAAAAAUUUAACAGUUUAUAUUUUUGAGAAUUUUUGGAAGUGUAACCAUAACAUCACUUUUAAUUUUCAAUAAUUGUAAAAUGUUUUGUAAAUAUGUAAAUAAUUUCAAGCUCUAACUUUUUGCACUGCCAAACAGUAUUGAUAACAAAACCAUAUAAUUCCAAAGGAAAAUGAUCACUAUAAAAAACCACUACAAUUUUCUGUAAAGCAGAUGAUGAAAAACAGAGUUAAACAAGUGUCCACAAGAAAAUAAUGGUCUAUUUUAUGAUAAAUGCCAGUUUCUUAUAAAGUUAUUUCUCACUGAAAAGAAACACUUGAAGUUGAUAGUCUCCAAUCUAUCUGUUUGAAAUUAAAUAAAUAUCUGAAAAACAUAUGACUGUAUUGGUUCAUACGUAAAAUGAUUUUCAUUGCUGUUUAUCAAGAUUACCUUUAUUGUUUUUAAUCAUAAGCUUUUAUGUUUUUACUUUCUCAUCAGUGCUAUUACCUUGCUAUUUUUUAAAUAUCUGGAGCUGAUAUUAACAUAAAAUCUAUCAGAAGUAAAAGAUAUCUUUUCAGAAACUGACUGUCAGAUGUAAAUUUUCCUCAGAUGUUUUCUUUUGAUUAUAUAUAUUACAUUUCCUAUGUUACACAUUUGAAGUCAUAACUGUACUGUGACAUUGGUAAUAGAGGGCGAAUAGUCCUGAAAUAGUCAUGAGAUCUUUCUGUGCAAAUAAAUAAACCAUGAAAACUGUACUAAAGCAGGCAAGUUUAUAAUAACAAAGUCAUUUCAAAAAGAGAAAUGCAACACUAAUACACAGAAAGUGUUAAUGGUAAGUUUUUGUGAUAGUUGCAAAGGUGUGAAUUCAAUUUAUUAUAAUGUCAGCAAAAGUAAUGAAACGUGCAACAAUGGGAAACACAUCUCUCAAUAUAUACAAAUAGCAUUUUUACCUCCUUGAUCUGAAUUUUGCCUCUUUCAAUGAAUUUGAAAUUGCUAGUGUCACACAUUUUAUUGCUAGUAAUAUUAAUUUCAGAAGCCCUUAUAAUAAGGUCAUGAGUAUGCCAUUGAUGCAUCUCAAUUCCUCCUCUUGCCCACAGUUAUUUUAUGUUAUGUCUUAUAAUAGUUUUUUUGCUACAUGGUUUGUGCUUUUUAUUUAGUUAGUAGUAUCAGCCAGUAAUCUGACUGUGUAAAGCACCUUCCUGAUUACGUACACAUCUUUUUAAUUAGUGCUUUAAUGAUUGUGUUACAAUCUUCUCAAUAAAUCUGGAGUUUGGCUGGAGUGGAAAAGAAUAAUCAGAAUGAUUCCCAUUUUAUAAUGCAAUAAUUCUGGAAACCACAUUAAAUGUAACUGUACCAGUAAUGUCAAAACAGUGACUGAAGGGAUAUUCUUAAUAACUUUUCUUCUGUCCCAGAACUAUUCUUACUUUCAGAGCAUGAUGCUCUUCAGAAUACAAACUUAUAUUUUACAAAAAGAGUUCAUAUUUUUUGUAUUGCCAUUGUCCAAUUAAUUACUAAAUGGCAAUUUUUUCAAGUAAAUAAUAUUUUCUUUAAGCACAAAGGUUUUGUUAAUACAAACUAUAGGGCAAUAUAACAUUUAAGCUUUAAAAAUAUUGUUUAGUUUAGUGCAACUUUAUGAAAUGUCCUCAUCUGUUCUUGUAGAUCUGGACUUAACAUCACUAACAAUGUUAGUAUCAAUUCAUUAGUAACAAUUGUUGUCAUUUGUUGAAGUGGUUGAUACAUUAAAAAAACAAAAAGUGUCCUUCAGUAUAAAAAAAUGUAUCAUUUUUACAAAUGUAAAAUAAAAUAUAAGA